AUGUCUUCCGAUCUUGAAAAGAUCUUUGGCGAGUUGGGCUUGACCCAGUACCUGGGCACAUUUGUCGAGCAGGGGUUUGAUGAGUGGGACAUUAUCCUUGACAUCCAGGAGUCAGACCUAGAGACCCCCCUCCGCAUAUGUGCUGUUCUCCAAUACUUCACCGAAAUCGCCAAACUUGUAGGAGAGAACUGGCAAAACCUUGAAGCGGUUGAGAAGGAAUCGUACGAGAGCCAGGCCAAUGCCGACAAAGAAAAGUACCAUCGAGACUUGAUGGAGUACAAGAAGACAGCCGACUACAGGAAGUAUAUGCAAUACCUCCAAGAGUUCAAAGAGAAGCAAGCCAAGCGAACUCAAGUCAACGAUGCAUCAAAACGACCUAAGCUGGACUCUGUCCGGUUACGCCAUGGAAGCAGCAGCAGCACAAUGACGCCCGGCGGCAACACGUCGAGUGCAAGUGGAAGUGGCAGCGAGAGACUUCAGGGGAGCGAGCCACCUCCAUCCAGGAGGGAGAGGUUGAAUUCGAUCGCAUCGGUAACUGAAUCGCAACACUCGUCAACGACACCGACGUUACCGUCGCAAGCGAAUUCGAACGACGACACCAUGUCAUCACCACGAGUCCUUCACUACGACAGCGGGAGCCCAAGAGAUUCGCAUCGCCAACCUCCGCAGCGUCAGUCGUCAUGGCGAGAAGGUGGCCCAACCCAUCAACACCUGCCAUCGUUGUCCAAUAUGCUCGAUGAUGGUAGGAAAGCCAUGCCGGCUGCGACCGGAUCCGAGGGUAACCCGUACUCGUCCGGCUUCGUAGCCGCCAACCAUCCCAGGUCGGUACCGGAGGUUCCGAAUGUGCUCCCUUCAGCGCCAGUGAGAGCACCGUUGCUCCGACACGAACAGUCCUCCAACAGCAGCGUUGGAUCGAUCAGUCCAGCAAACAGCUUUGCGCGGACACCCGGCGAGGGACCGCUACCGAUACACGCUCUCCUCUCGCACCACCAAACGAUGCCGACUCCGGCCGUGACUACGGCAGCAGUCUUUGAAAGGGGCUCGCCUGGUUCUGGCACUGGCGCAGUCAGUCCAAGCCCGACAGACCUAACACGGCCCCCUUUCGGGCAUGGGGCCGUGCCUAGGGGAUAUGGUACUUGA